UCUAUAAGAAAAAGGUUGAGGAGGAAGCUCACAUCUCCCCUCCCCUUUCCUCUUCAUCAAGCAGCUGAUUCUCAUUCACUCUCACUCGCUCGCUCACUCACUGACUCACUCAUCUCACAGUUCUUCACACCACAGGUGCGUUCCAUUUGACUAUGUCGGACCCGCCGGAGCGCUCCGUGGACUGGACCUUGCUACCCGAGGGACUCCUCGGCUCGGUCCUUCAAAAGCUUCCAAGCGUCCAUGACUAUGUCCGGUUCGCCUCUGUAUGCAAGAACUGGCUCACAGUCGCUCGCCAUCAGAGCAACGAACGGCUUGGGGAUGCCACCCGGAGACAGCUUCCUCUGCUGCUGAUGCCCACGGCAGACAACAGCGAGACGCACCGCGCCCUGUACGAUGUAGCUCGGGGCAGGGUCCUUGGGUCCCGUUGGCACGUGCCUUAUAACAUGAGGUGCUGCGGGUCGUCGUUUGGAUGGUUGAUCUUUGCCGAGGAGACCCUCGAGCUGAUUCUCUUCAACCCCUCGUUCGGGGAGACCAUCCGCCUCCCUCGAGUCAUUAGGCCACCGACCAAGGAAGAAAUCGGUGACUCGUACUACAACCAUGAGUAUGAGUUUGCUAAAGUGGUCCUCUCUGCAGACCCAUCCAUGGCCCCGGACACCUAUGAGGUCGCAGUCCUGAACGAGUUAACCGGGAGCAUCUUAUUCUUCCGAUCGGGAGACGAAGUGUGGCUCAAUAUUGGCACUCCGGAGGAAGAUGGGCAGUUUCAGGACAUUAUCUACUACAGGGGCAGACUCUAUGCGACUAACGGGCGUGGCUUGGUGCUCUCCUUCGAGUUCCACAGGGGGGACAACCACCCAAAGGACUCGUCGGCUCUAGCGCGUACUAUCGCCGAUCUGACUCUUAGGGGUGAUCCUGAUAAGUCCUACCUAGCGGAAUCUCUUUCAGGCCAUCUUUUGCUCGUCAGGAGGUUCAUGAAUGAUUAUCUGAGUGGCUUUGCUGGUGGUGUAUUUGAGAUCGGAGGCAAUGAGUACAAGUUCGACUCGGAUAAACAGCCACUCACAUCGAGCUUCCAUGUUUACAAGCUUAUUCCCGUGACGGAGGACGAGCACGGUCUAGGCCAUUGCCAUUCAAAGCGUUUGACGAUGCUUGCUGAUGAAGCUCUCUUUCUAGGGCACUGCCACUCAAUGUCGGUCUCGGCGUCAGAAUACCCAGGCUGCAAGCCCAACUCGGUUUACUUCAUGGACGAUUACCUGGACGACCCACCGCCAUAUCAGCCCCUUGGAGCAAUUGACAUUGGCGUGUUCAGCCUCGAAGAUGAGCACAUCGAGCGGCUUAACCUGAUAGAUCCAUCCCAGAGCCACAUGCCACCACCGAUUUGGAUUGCACCGAAAGCUAAGAUUAGUUAAACCAGGCAGCCCUCUUUCUCAGGUUCAAAUGUUCGAUUUACCAUCUCCUAUGAAAUCUAUUAGUCCACUGCAUGCCAAACAUAGGAUAGACAGUACCAUCAUAUUUUAGGUAAGUCGUAUGUGGCAGAUACUAUUAUCAUAGCGUCAUCAUAUCUUAGUUAUGUCGUACUUUAUCGAACUUUGGACAAUCUAUCAUUUACUUAAA